GAAAGGGAAAACGACGGCGUUUGGUAUUUGCAGGUUAACUGUCAAAAAUGAUGCGCUUAGUGCAUCUUCAACGAGAAUCACCACCACCAGAGCUUCAUUCUCUUUGAUCUCUCUCUCUCUCUCUCACGCUGUUUCUUGGCUUAAACACCGUUUCGAUUUCUCUCUCCAGACUCGCAGAGCUCCGAAGAAGCAAAAGCCAUGCCUGGAGGAGGAGGAGGAGGAGGUUGCAGUAUCAGAGCCAUCUGGAUCCUCAACAACCUCGAUUCCGUAGUCUUCUCCAGGAGGUUUCCGGUCGUAGAGAAGCGGUGGCGAACAGCUUGCAAGAGUGAGAACGAUAGCGACAGCAAGUCUACAGCUGAAGGUGGCCUUAGCUACACCGUUUUUCCUUCACUCCCUAACGAUUCAGAGCUCCUUGCUGCUUUUCUAGAGAGAAGGAAAAGGGAAGGAUCUGUUCGUGGGUUUGGUAUACGUGUGAGUCAGUCAGCUGAAGGAUCGGAUUCGUGGGUUGAUGAUCCAAUUACGCGUCACAUCAUAGGCCUGUACGUUAACAAAGAAGAGGAAGGGGAUAACAAUUUGCUUUGGCCUUUAAUCUUGCAUGUGAAAGGUCAAUACUGCAUCCUUGUAUUGCCUUUGGUUGAGCCAAGGCAUUUGAAGGCGUAUGCUAGAUUGUGUAAGAGAUCUGAUUGUGGAAAUGCUGUUGGAUUGGAUGAAAGCUUAUCUUCCCUGCUGCUCGAUUUACCGUCCAUCACAGGGGCGUUCAUGGUUGCACAUGCUCUUGGCGACAUAAUUACUGGUGAUACUGUAGAACCUGAGGUGGUUGUAACUGCUGCUCCAUCAGUAGGAGGAUUGUUGGAUUCGCUAACUGGCAGUAUAGGAAUAUCAGGAAUCUCCUCGAGGGCUAAACCUGUAGCUGCACCUGUUGCAUCUACAACUCCUUCUGGCACUGCUGUGACUGGAACUGUAACUUCAGAUGCUCCAAAGGCUGGUAUAAGGCCUUUGGAUAAAGAUGCACUUCGAACUUUCAUAACAAGUUCAAUGCCCUUUGGUACACCUUUGGAUCUGAAUUAUUCCAAUAUUUUCUCCAUAAAGGUUAAUGGAUUUUCUGCAUCAGAUUUGCCUCCUUCAGACCUCAAACAACCAGCAUGGAAGCCAUACCUUUAUAAAGGAAAGCAGAGAAUGCUAUUCACAAUUCAUGAGAUAGUUCAUGCUGCUAUGUAUGAUCGAGAUGAGAUUCCGGAUAGUAUAUCCAUUUCUGGUCAAAUAAACAGCCGAGCAGAAUUAGAAGGAUUGCCAGAUGUGUCUUUCCCCUUGACAGGAUUCACAAAAAAUCAUGUUGAAGUUUUAUCAUUCCAUCCUUGUGCUCAGAUUCCAGAACAUGGUUUGGAUAAGCAGAAUGUGAUGUUUUCCCCACCGAUGGGUAAUUUUGUUUUAAUGCGUUAUCAAGCAACUUGCAGUGUUGGACCUCCUAUCAAAGGAUUUUACCAGUUGUCAAUGGUCUCUGCAGACAAAGGUGCUUUUUUGUUCAAAUUGCGGCUGAUGGAAGGUUAUAAGUCUCCUCUGACAAUGGAAUUUUGUACUGUUACAAUGCCUUUUCCUAGAAGAAGGGUUCUUUCAUUUGAUGGUACUCCUUCAAUUGGAACAGUUUCAACUACAGAGCAUUCAGUUGAAUGGAAAAUCAUAUUAAGUGGGCGAGGCCUUACAGGGAAAAGUAUUGAGGCAACCUUCCCUGGAACAGUUCGAUUUGCACCAUGGCAAAUUCAAAGAUUGCCUUCUAGUUUAGCCUCUGGAAGCAUGAUUGAUGAAGAUAGUGAUAAUGAUACAGAUGGUUCUAAUAAUAUGGUAAAUGUAGAGGAAUUUUUAAUGGAAAAAAUGAGCAAGGACCUUCCUUCAGUUGAUUUGGAAGAGCCAUUUUGCUGGCAAGCUUACAACUAUGCCAAGGUAUCUUUCAAAAUUGUUGGGGCAUCAUUAUCUGGAAUGUUGAUUGAUCCAAAAUCUGUAAGCAUUUAUCCAGCUGUUAAAGCACCAGUGGAGUUCUCAACCCAGGUUGCUUCUGGAGAUUAUAUUUUGUGGAAUACAUUGGGUACGUGUCCCUCUGCUGCUGUGGCGAAAGUGUAGAGGUCAAUAUUAAGGACUUUGUGGCCUUAGGUGAGAAAUAGCAUGAGGAAAUAUAAUGUUUUUGUACCUUUUAAUUAAAUAGUAUUUAUAAAUAACGUUGAACUAAUUUAUGUUUACAAUAGAUUUUAUUUAAAUGUAUAUUUUUUGCUUCCCUUUCAAUAUAUAGUGAGAUUUUUGGCUUGAAAAAGGCCCUUAGCUUUUA